AUGUCAACAGUUUCUAACAGAGUCACCGUCACCCUGCAGCCCAGCUGGACUCUGAUAUACAGAGGUGAGUAUAUCUCUGCCAGAUGUGAGAUCCAGGAAGGUGGAGGAACUCAGUGGACGUAUGAAUGGAGAACAACCAGUUUAAAAAGACCUCCAUCAUCCAGAGAACACUGGAUCGACAGAGUUACUGACAGUGGAGACUACAGCUGCCGGGGAAGAAGAGACGAGUUUUAUUUAACACAGUGGAGUGAUGUCGUCUCAGUAACUGUAUCAGAACAUGAAGCCAGAGCCAGACUGACAGCCGACAGUUCAAUCCUACCAGCAGGGGGCAGUGUAACACUGACCUGCUCUGUGGACCACUCUGCUGACUGGAAGUUUAACUGGUUCAGAGAUGGGUCAGUCUAUCCUGCAGCUCAGCUCAGAAAUAACAAUGAACCAGGUGGAGUCAUCAGAGUCUCACAGGGAGGUCUGUACCGCUGCAGAGGAGGAAGAGGAGAACCAGUUUUCUACACAGAAGACAGCCAUGACGUCACCAUCGAGGAAACUCUUUCCACGAAGCCCACAGUGGUCCUGCAGCCCAGCUGGACUCUGAUAUACAGAGGUGAGACAAUCACUGCCAGAUGUGAGAUCCAGGAAGGUGGAGGAACUCAGUGGACGUAUGAAUGGAGACCAACCAGGUUAAAUAGACCUCCAUCAUCCAGAGAACACAGGAUCAUCAGAGUUACUGACAGUGGAGACUACAGCUGCCGGGGAAGAAGAGACGAGUUUUAUUUAACACAGUGGAGUGAUGUCGUCUCAGUAACUGUAUCAGAUAAACCCCGGCCUGUCCUCUCUGUGUCUCCAUCAUGGCUGAGUCCUGGAUCCUCAGUAACUCUGAGAUGUGAGAUUAAACCUCCGUCUGCAGGAUGGAGGUUCUACUGGUAUAAAGCUGUUCCUGAUCUGUCACACCAGUAUAUCUCUUACAGCUAUGAGCUGCUGCCUGGUAGCCCCAACGGGACUGCUGGUAGUUCCACCAUUGUUCAUGGACAGACACACACAGCAGGAUAUGUGUGUAGAGCUGAAAGAGUGGACCGUGUUUAUUCCACUGAUCACAGUCAACCCACAUUUGUCUGGUCUGAAGAUGUUCAUCCAGCAGCGUCUCUCACAGUGAAUCCUGACAGAGUUCAACACUUCACAUCUGACUCUGUUUCACUGAACUGUGGAGGAAACUCUGCUGAGUGGAGAGUGAUGAGCUUUACAGAAACACAUCAUCUGUCACGCUGCUCCUCCUGGGGGAGAAUGACUGGAUCCUCAUGUAACAUGAACUGGUACCACAGUGGAGUUUACUGGUGUGAGUCUGGAUCAGGAGAGUUCAGCAACACAGUCAACAUCACUGUACAGAAUGAUGAUGAUGGCGUCAUCCUGGUGAGCCCCAUCCAUCCUGUGACUGAGGGAGCUUCUGUCAGUCUGAGCUGCAGACUGAGAGAACAAAACACACUUUCCAGUGUUUCUUUCUAUCACAAUGACAAACUUCUCCAACAUGAUGGCAGAGAGGAGCUGAACAUCUCUGCAGUGUCACAGUCAGACGAAGGUUUCUACAAGUGUCAACAUGCAGGAAAGACGUCACAACAGAGCUGGAUGUCAGUUACAGAUAAACCCCGGCCUGUCCUCUCUGUGUCUCCAUCAUGGCUGAGUCCUGGAUCCUCAGUAACUCUGAGAUGUGAGAUUAAACCUCCGUCUGCAGGAUGGAGGUUCUACUGGUAUAAAGCUGUUCCUGAUCUGUUAAACAACAGCUACAGUUAUGAUCUGCUGCCUUGUAGCACUGCUGGGACUGAACAUGAUUCCUACAUCAUUCAUGGACAAACACACACAGCAGGAUAUGUGUGUAGAGCUGGAAGAGUGGACCGUGUUUAUUCCACUAAUCACAGUCAACCCACAUUUGUCUGGUCUGAAGAUGUUCAUCCAGCAGCGUCUCUCACAGUGAAUCCUGACAGAGUUCAACACUUCACAUCUGACUCUGUUUCACUGAACUGUGGAGGAAACUCUGCUGAGUGGAGAGUGAUGAGGUUUACAGAAACACAUCAUCUGUCACGCUGCUCCUCCUGGGGGAGAAUGACUGGAUCCUCAUGUAACAUGAACUGGUACCACAGUGGAGUUUACUGGUGUGAGUCUGGAUCAGGAGAGUUCAGCAACACAGUCAACAUCACUGUACAGAAUGAUGAUGAUGGUGUCAUCCUGGUGAGCCCCGUCCAUCCUGUGACUGAGGGAGCUUCUGUCAGUCUGAGCUGCAGACUGAGAGAACAAAACACACUUUCCAGUGUUUCUUUCUAUCACAAUGACAAACUUCUCCAACAUGAUGGCAGAGAGGAGCUGAACAUCUCUGCAGUGUCACAGUCAGACGAAGGUUUCUACAAGUGUCAACAUGCAGGAAAGACGUCACAACAGAGCUGGAUGUCAGUUACAGCUGUGUCCAGACCUGAAAACUCUUCAUUUCCUGUGCUGUUGAUGGUUGGAUCAGUUAUUGGAAUCAUAUUAUUGAUUUUCCUGCUCUUGUUGUGUCUCUGCAAACGGUCCAAGGAUUUAUGCUGCAUCAGGUGGAUCCAGUCACAGAGCAGCAGUCAGAGCUCCAGUUCACAUCCUGGAGUCAACCAGAAUGAAACUAACCAGUACAGCUCUCCUCUCCACGAUGCAGAUGAAUCCAGAGAUGGCACAUACUCUCUUAUUGAACUGAAACAUUUUGGGAAAAAGAGGAGGCGUCAUGAACCAGAGGAGAGUUGUGUUUACUCUGAAGUGAAGACAGGAACUGCAGAGUCCACUCCAGUGUACGCUGAAAUCAACCAUGAGAAUAAAGGAAAAGGCAAGAGAAAAAACAAAAGAAAGUGGAGUCCUGCAGCAGGUGAUGCAGCAGUUUAUUCUGAGGUCGGAUUAGGAGCAGCUCUGGAUAACAAUGCUGCCAUGUAGGCUGCAUGCUGUGCUGCUUUAUUCAGGAAAACACAAGACUGAAGAAAACUCAGUAACAUGCAGACGUCUUAGAUAACCUCAUUUGUUCUUCUUUUGUGGUUCUUAGUCUGUGAAGAGAAGCGAAGCAGCAAAGAGAAUCAUUGUAUGAAACUGCUGUUUGUAACUCUGUUAUCCAAAUAUCAGACAUGUUCAGUAGCUUCUGUUUUUAUGAUGCAACAUUUUAUUUAUCCUCUUUAUUUAAGCUCAAAGCUCAAGCUGCUCAUUGUUUAUCAUUUAGGCACUUAGUUACAUUUUAAUGUGUAAAUGGAGCAAAAGAUAAAAGUAAAAUAUACUUUGUUAUAUCUGCAUUGUAGCUUUAAGUUUUUAAAAUAUAUUUUUUGAGAAAUUAUAUGA